CCGGAUUCCAGAUUCCAGACUAUCCACUCUACCAACAAUCACCGCUAUUCAACAUCCACGAUCACCACCACCACAUAAUUAUCCUCCCACCCAGCCACCAAACCAAACCAAACAAGACCACAAGAAAUAGCGAAAAGUGAAAGAUAAAAGACUUAAAAAUGUCCCAAACAUUCACCCCCGCCGACGUAUCCACGCACAACAAUCCCGACAAGGGAAUGUACAUCAUCAUCGACAACAGCGUCUACGACGUCACCAAGUUCGUCGAUGAGCAUCCCGGUGGCGCGAAGAUCUUGAAGAGAGUAGCAGGCAAGGAUGCCUCGAAGCAGUUUUGGAAGUAUCACAAUGAGGGCGUGCUGAAGAAGUAUACGCCCAAGUUGAAGAUUGGGGAGGUUAAGGAGGCGGCGAAGUUGUAAAAUUUGGGGAGUCUUUUUUGUGUAUCUGUUUUGUUGGAAUGGGGAUUUUUGCUGUUGAAGUUCGAUCACACAUAUACACUUUAGAUGUCGGGAUGAUGCUGCUGCUGCUGCUGCUGCUGCUCGGAUGGGGAGACUGCUCAUGGUUCAAACAGUCUUAGACCGUCUAUUACUAAUAACAUUAAACAAUAGC